AUGAGGAUUGAGGAUACCAACAACAAUCAUGAUAUUGCUUACACGGAGGUGAUUGGGAGACGGUUCAGCUCCAGGAGUGAUCUAAAAAGCCAUGUUGUGACGAAAGUUCCUUGGAUGUUAGACCAUACGAUUAGUCUCAUUGUAUGCGUUAAUGAGUGUGACAUGUACACCGACUGUGUCUUUGUGGGUUUCAAUAAUGAGUCCCAGGAAUGUCAGGUAUUCAGAGAAGACAAUACCACGUGGUCAACGGAAGUGAGAUACGGCCACGACUGGAUGUAUUUCGAAGAGGAUAUCCUGAAUAUUCCUUUCGUUAUCGGAAGUUUCGUUUGUGGCACCGACGGAUACGUGGCCAUAGACACCCAUUGCUUCAAGGUUCAUGAGGAGAACAGUACGUUUGACGACGCCAAAACUACUUGUAGUACAGAGGGAGGACGAAUGGCGGUCCUAGACAAUCAGCCAACCUUCAUAGCUCUAAAUGAUCACAUCAGAGCAAACCAUGCGGGGAUGGUUGGGUACCUGUUAGGUCUGACAGACAGAGCUGUGGAAGGUGAAUGGCGUUGGGAGAACGGCAACCUGAUAGGAAAUCUUCCUGAGUUUAAUAGAGACCAACCUAACGACAAUGACCGGAGGUAUAACGGCCAGGGGGCGGACUGUGGCUACGUGUCGGUGGUGUUUCAUAACCUUCACAAAAAGGUGGAUAGAUUAUAUGACGACAUCUGUAGUCAUCCGGCCAAUUUUGUCUGUGAACGUGUCAUCGUUUAG